AUGCUGGAGAAAAAUUUCCAAGAUGAAUUUCAAUUUAAUAUGGUUUCCUUAGUGGACUUUUGAGAUAUUGGCCUAGCUAUAAAUAACCCUGAUAUAGUUUUUGACCUUACCUUCAGCGCUUCAUUGCGAGAAUCAAUCAAAAAACUUGCUGAAAUACAGCAUUUUAUUAUCGGCUCUAUUGCCAAGCCAACUUUUUUAUAUAGCAAUUGAGAGUUUUUUAUGCAUAAUUCAUGGGAAAAUCAGAUAAAAAUUUUACAUUCUAUUAUUUCUUACCUAAAUUGACAAACAUUUAUAGUGAUAUCUGAUGAAACUUAUAGCAAGAGUGAUGAGUUUUAUGAUUAUUUUUUUGAUAAAGAUUAUCAUUGAUUCUAUUUCUCAAAUAGCAAUGAUGAAAAAUCAGCAGAUUUAUUUAUAGGAAGAGCAAUUCAACCUAUGGGAGUUAAAAAUAUUGUCAUAUUAAAUAAAGGUGAAAGCACAAAAUUGUUCUUGAAAAGCUUACUCCCCUCCUCCGUGAGCAAACAAAACCAUUAAAAAAAAACCCUAGUUUUUGCCCAAAAACCCACUCUCCGUAAGCGGAAAAAAAUAAGUGAUAAUUAUUAUAAUCUCGAUCUAAUUCUGUUUAAUUUUAAAGAACUAUAAUUCUAAAGCAUUAAUUUACAAAUUAAAUACAUAUUUACUUUUCAAUUUAUGCGAAUUGGGAUUUUUUAAUUUUUGGAAAAAAAUAAUAUAAAAUUUGUAUAUAUAUUUUUAAAAAUAUAACCUCGGGAGUUAGAAAAAUUAGAUUUGCUUAGCUUUAGUACUGGAGUUAUUGUAGGAAGUGAAGGCUCUUGAGGCUUAUAUGGAAAUGGAGUUGUUUCUUAUACAGAAUCAGGAUUAGAAACAGCUGAUAGCAAUAUCAGCUAUGAAAGUUUAGCAAUAAUCAAUUUUUUAAAGCUUGUGCUUAGUUUUUCUCAAACUUCUGAAAAUUCAGACUUGCUUGAAUUUUUAAUGAAAAAUACAAUCGACCGUCAUCCAAUUCCAAAAUUUUCACUUCUGAAUAUUCAAAAUAACCUAAAAGUCAUAUCGGGGAACAUUGCUAAUGAUACACUAUAUAUAGUGAACCCUUUAAAAUAUCCAGGAAAUUCACUAGCAAUUCCAAACUCUCCCACUACUUCUAUCAAUAUAUGAUACGAUAAUUCAAGUUGAAGUCUAUCUGCACCGGAUACACUAACAAUUGGAAAAUUUUAUGCUUUAGAUUACUAUAAAACCCUUCACUCUUUAGAUGGCUUUGAAAUAACAACCACACCCUGCAACUGUGGCAUGAUAUUAAAUGACCAAGCAAGCGGUUUUUCUUGUUUUGCUAAAUUAGUGACCAUUCCUGCUGUUGGCUUUCUAAGCUCAUUUGCUCCAUGAACUAACAUUUUAUAUAUAUAUGCUUUAAGAUCUCUAAAUUGUUCAAUCCCUAACGUUUCUCCAUAUGCAACUUCAAGUCUUACUCAAAAUAAAACUGCUUUUCCUGAAUUUAUGACUGUUAUAAGAGACGAAAGAUUUAACUCACAAGUAAUAUUGGAUUUGGCUGUUAUUUUUGGCUGAAAAAAAUUUAUCGUGCUUUAUGAUGAUAAUAAUAAAAACACUUAUUUAUACUUUAUUGCGUUGGCAGAAAAAUUCAAUAUUAAAAUUGCUAAUAGACCUGAAUUACAAAAAAUAGACAAUGAUUAUACUAGAGAUAAAUAUCCAAUAUGAAAGGACUGGUUUGCUGAAAUAAUUAGCCUAAAAGUAAGGCUUUUUGUAAUAUUUUUGACUCCUCCUUAUUCAUUAUAUAUAGCCGAAAGCUUUUAUGAUGCAGGAUUAAGACAAGGGGAUACAAUUUUUUUAUCUAGCAAUAAGCUUGCAUAUGGAUUAUCAUUAGAAACUGACAUUGAGCAAAGAAGAAAGCUUUUGGAGCUCUCGUAUGGAGGAAUUGUUGUAGCACAAACUGAAUGGAUUGGAGAAUAUGGGGAAACGGUUAAAAAUGGUUUUGUAAAGAAGUAUGGAAAUCAUAGAGAUUUUGGCUGCUGGGCUUUUGAUGCUGCAAUGCUACUUUUAAAUGGAAUUGAGUUUACAAUAAAGCAAGGUGAGAAUGUUAAGAAUUAUAAAGUGCUAAAUAGCAACCUGAGGAAACAAAAGUUUUUAGGCUGUUCUGGGAUUGUUUCUAUUGAGUCUGGAGGUAAUCAGAGAAGUUUUCCAACUCUAGGCAUAUAUAGCUUGAGAUGGGACGAGAGAAUUCAAUCUCUAUAUGAGGAACUUGUAGGUCAAUAUGACAUUAAUAGUGCGCAAUUGAUUACUUUAUAUAAGAGCAUUUUGUGAUAUGAUAACACAACUGUAAUUCCUACAGACACAAUAGUGUAUGAGAAUGAUUGCCCAUUUCCUAAAAGCAAAAUUUUUAAUUCAAAUAGCGGCGCUAAAAUACUAUAUGGAAUAUCAGCUGCAGUGGUAGCUUUUACAAUCAUUACAGCAUUUGCUAUAUGAAAAAAGUUUUGAAAAAAUAUCAAGAUAAAACAAUUGACCACAGCUGCCCAUAUACAUUUUGAGGACUAUAUUCUUAUGGGAAUUAUGGCUGCUGAUUUUUUCCAAUUUAUAUCUCAAGGGCCAGACAUAAGUGAUUUAUAUAUGUGAUUAUCAAAAGCUUGUGGCUAUUCACUUAUUCAUUUUGAUUCUUCAGUUUCAGGAGAUAAUUACUGAAUUUAUUUAUAUUCUGCAAUGAUUAUUGCUUGCUUUUGAAUAUUUUCAGCUUUUAUUUUAAUAUUUAAACUGAAAAUAUGUGAUAACUGGAUGUUGAGACAUGCUAGAAAAAUAUCUUUACUUUUGCUACCUAUAAUUGGAGAUUUGUUAUUUGUGCCAAUGAUUUCCGUCCUUUUAAGCAUUUUUCAAUGUGAUAAAGGAAUAGGCUCGAGCAUUACUGAUUCUUUUAUAAAAAAUGAUUGUACAACAUAUUGCUGAACCCAAAAAUACUCUAUAUGAGGAGCUCUUUCAAUAAUUUUUUUAGCCACUUAUAUCCCUUUGACAAUUUAUUUUCGGGAAUAUUACGAGAAUGUUAAUGAUCAUAUCAAUAUAAAAACAAAUCCUCUUUUUAUUGUAGAAAAGUCUAUUUUUCAAGUAAUCAUAGUUUCUAUUAAUAAGACAAUAAAAAUUUAUAAUGAAUCUCUGCAUGGGCUUUGCUGCAUUAUCCUUCUACUUAUCUUAAUUGUAAUUAGCUUAAAGCAAAACUCUUACAAUUAUAGCAGGAUGAAUCUUUGGCAGAUCAUGUCAUAUUUACUUCCCCACAGUGAGCGAACAAAACUAUUGAAAAAUCCCUAUUUUAUUGCCAAAAAAACCCUUAUGAGCAAAUAAAAAUUGAUUUGAAAAAAACAAUAUUUUGAUAUAUAAGUGAUAACUAGUAUAAUUAAAUCUCUUGCUAAAUCUGUUUAUUUUUAAACAGCUUGCAUUUUUCAAUCUAAAAUUUUACUAACUCCCCUAUCCACAAGUGAACAAAAAUUUUUUGUGAACAAAAAUGUUUUAUGAAAAAAAUUUGAUAUAUAAGUGAUAUAUCAUGAAAUCUCGAGCUAAUUCUGUUGUUUUUUAAACAAAUUGCUUUUUAAAACAUAAAUUUUACAAAUUAAAUUAAUAUUUGCUUUCCAAUUUUUGCGAAGUUGGGAUUUUUUUUCAAUUUCAAAAAAUAAAAAUUCUAUAAAAUUUUAUAUAUAAAUUUUUUUAAAAAACAAUUAACCGUCUCCGUGAGCGAACAAGAAUUUUUGUUCGCUCACAGAGGGGGUCGAGUAAGUAAAUUAAUUUUUAUUUCAAUUUUCAUGAAUUUUGGAAAAAAAAUACCAUAAAAUCUAUAUAUAACUCUGCGAACGAAAUUUUUUAGUUCUCUCUAGACGGGGUAGUUAGCAAUUUCGUGGAAUUUUAUUUUAUCAUCUCUUUAUUGACUCAUAAAAUUUGAUUCACUACUAUUAUGGCGUAUGAUGCAAUAUUCACUCUGGCUUAUCUUAAUAAUAGCUGGGAUAAUAGUUCAAUGCAAAUGGCUUCCAAGUUUACUAAUUACUGACAAAGGAGCAGACAUUACAAUAUUUUUCAAAUUUUUAAUGGGAAGCCAUGUUUCAGCAGCCGACAUAUCUUCAAUCCCAUUUUCGCUCGCUUAGGAACAAUAUCUUUGCCCGCAAAAAUGCCAAUUUUUCUGGGCAUGUGCAAUUUAAAAUUACAGAUGCAAAUUAUAGCUCAAAAUUGUAGAUUUUUAAUUAACCCUUUUCAUAAAAAUUAGCAUUUUCGUGGCCUAAUUAAUAAUAAUAGGUAUUACUGCUAAAGAAUCUAUAAGGAGUCUUAAGUUAUAUCAAUAAAAUAAGAAAAGAAGUUGCAAGAAAUAAUGCUUUUAAUAGCUAUGCUCCAAAUUCUUCAUCAAGGUUAAAUCUCUAG